CCAAACCAUCAUCACUUCCCUCUCCAUCCCUCCUGGUCAGCUCUCUCCUCCCCAGCCGCCACCGCCAGCCAGCCAUGCUGCGCUAGCUCGCGCAGCCGCGCUACCCAUGCCCAACCAAUCCUCCUCCCCUCCCCUCAACUCCCGUACUUAAUCCCUCCUCGUUCGUGUCGUUGCGUGAGCCGAAGCGCGGCCAUUCCCAUCCAAAUGGCGGAGGCGGGUCCCGGCGGCGACAAGCUCAUCCUGCGCGGCCUGCAGUUCCACGGCUUCCACGGCGUGAAGCGGGAGGAGCAGACGCUGGGCCAGAAGUUCGUCGUCGACGUCGACGCCUGGAUGGACCUCGCCGCCGCCGGCGAGUCCGACAGCAUCGCCGACACCAUCAGCUACACCGACAUCUACGGGAUUGCUAAGGAUGUCGUCGAAGGCACGCCGCACAACCUCUUGGAGUCGGUGUCUCACUCGAUCGCAAAGGCCACGCUGCUCAAGUUCCCCCAGAUCUCCGCGGUCCGGGUGAAGGUCGGCAAACCUCACGUCGCGGUGCAAGGCGUUGUGGACUAUCUGGGCGUGGAGAUAACGAGGCACAGAAAGAAAGCGUGAGAUGAACAACCUGCUCGAUCGGAAGCACGAGACUGAUUUGACUGUGGAAUGGGACUUGUUUGAUUGCUGAUAGACGAUACUGCUGUUGGUCUUGCUACUGUAAUCGAACAGUCCACACUUGUUCGCAUCAUGUUUGAUGAACAAGAUUUGGCUGUGCUGUUGUGUGAACUGAAACGGGAAUAAUCGAAUAACAAUUACAACAAA